AUGUCAUUCCGGCGAUUAGUUCUCGCCCGAGCUAUAUGAUCACAUGACAAAAAUAAUGUCAGUCAAAAUGGCGGACAAGGAAAGAAGCAUUUCGCUGUUCCAAUUAUUCAUGUUGGUUAUUAUAGGUGUUUGUCAUGCACAGGAAUUGGUGGUCACACAUGCUCCCAGCUAUGUCACAUUCCAAGAACAAAGGAAGGCUCUACCAACCAGUGAUGUACCAAAUGUCAUCACACAUACUCUAGGCAUUCAGACAGAUAGGGAUAUCACCUGGGAUGGACUUGCCCAAAGCUCACUGUUCAAAAGACCAAAGGCCAAUGUUCUGGUUUCAAUAGUAGGUCACAGUGACCUUGGAAAGAAGCCAUUAGCUGUCAAAAAUCUGGCUCGCUUUCCAAUAAAAAUGGAUGAUCCCAUGGUAGACAUUGCAUCCUUAAUGAACACUCUCCAAGGAACUUUUUUUGAUCAGUCUCCAUUAUUACUUGAUGCUGGGCUUGAUAAUAAUUUUUUUGAUGUCCAUUCUGAUUUUGACGUAUUCCGUAAACUUCCUGAUACAAUGAGGAAAAUGGCAGAUCGCCUUUUGGACUCGGACUCUGUUCAACAGAGGCACACUACAGGUACCCUGAACUCAAGUAGGCCAAGUGACUUGAAACUAAUGGGAGAGCUCCAGCUUAUACAGGAUGUUAUCAACACGGUCAGCAAUUCUCCAGACAUGCUUAAGAGCAAAUCUCCUGAUCUUUUCUCCUUCACCAUCACUGGUCUGAAUGAUAUUGUUAAAAAGCAUGGUGGAAAAUCGCCGCAGGCUGAUGAUGCUCAAAGGUUGAUAUCAGACUUCAUCACAAAGAUGACGGAUGACUUCAGGAAGUUAUAUAAGGACAAUGUAGUUGUGGAAGUGCUGACUGUGAACCCAGGCCUUGGAAUAUAUGUGAGGAAAACCAGAAGUCUGAUGGCAGUUGAUGACUCUAAUGUUAACAUUAACCUCUCUAAGGACUAUGAUGAGAACUACCCAGCCAUUUUUAACAUCAUUCUGUGGUUGAUGAUCGUGAUGUUUGUAGUUAUAUUUGGUGUAUCUUAUGGAAUGUGGAACAUUGACCCUGGUCGGGACAGCAUCAUCUACAGAAUGACAACAACUCGCCUGAAGAAGGAUUAGUCACUUUCUGAUCCAGUCGAGUCACUUUCUGUCUGUAGAGUUUAUAGAUGUGAUCUACUAUUGGCUAAUUCUUUAAAAACAAAUGUACCCUUAUAAGUGAAGAUUUUGAUUGGAUAGUUUAUAUGAUGUUCAUUUUAAUUUUUGAGAGUUGAGAUUGGGUACUUAUAAAUAUACACUUAUCAAUUUAUUCUGUUUGGCUAUUGGUAUCCUGGUAUACUUUAGUUUCCUAUAAUCAAACAAGAGGAGGGAGUUAUUGCAUAUGCCAAGUACCUUAUGUGACCCAAUUGGUGUUAUAAUGGUAAAAAAAGAAUGGAAAUUUUUUGAGAAAUUAUGGAAAAAAUACAAACUGUGUCUGCUGAAAAAUAAAUUAUAGAAAAUUUUCUUCAGGAAGUUUGGGGAAGUGAGUGUAUCUGAUCUCAACCCUCUUGAUUAAACAAUAGUACUGUACAUAAAAUUUCACUGCAUCUUGUUACUUUGAUGAUUGAUAGAAUAGUUCUGCUCUAGUCCAGUUUACAUGUUGAAAUAUAUCAUUGUAUACAUGCAGCAUUGUGAUAUAAUAACGUAUUAAGUAUUCAGUUACAAUUUGUUUAGAGCAUUUUGGAAAUUGUAGUCAUAGCAGAUUCAUUCCACUUAAAAGCAUUCCUUAAAGAACCAUGCACAGAGGCAAAUUAACUGUUGGAAAAUCAACUCUGAAACAAGGCUGCAGUGUUUACUGUUAGUACAUUCAGAUAUAUGGUCUAUGCCUGAGGUUUUAAAGAGAAUUUUGUGACAAAUGAGGACUAUGUACUUGAAUCUGUAACCACAAGUUAUUUACUAAACUCUUCAAAUGUCUGAGACUGAAACAUGUCUAUACUAUAUGCUAAUUCUGUGGAAGAGAUUUCAGCUAAUCAGAUGGCUGUAAACCCUGGCCUUUUCAUCUAAAGGCUUUUGGUUUAAACAAUAUCCUAAAGGCUUCUUACCUUAAACAACAUCUAAUUAUGAAGGGCACAGAAGAGGCUUUUGAAGAGUCUGGCACAGUUAGAGUUAUAUGUGGGUAAUUCAAGAUUUGAUUACGCACACAGUUUUAUGAUUUUGAUAUUUCAAAAGUAUUUGUGUAUAGGUAUGCCAUUGGCCUAAAUUUAUUGUUGUUUUCUUUCUGUUGAAUGUAUUUGUUCUCAAUUUUUCCUCUUCAUAUAAAAAAAAAAUAUUUUUUUUUUUUAAAAAGCACACAUUAAUGCAUUAAACAGACAGUACGGCACAUCUUAUUAAAAAACUGACUUGUAAAAAAAUUUCUGAUCAGGUUCGGAAUUUUUGUACUACUCAUACAUUUUUUUUAUGUAUAAACUUUUAGAAAAUUUCAAAUUUCUCUAUGAAAUAAAUCUAAUUAUUUCAUUAAUAAUAACGUAUAACCCAUAAAUGAAUACAUAGCAAUGUGUUGCUGGGUUCAGCCUUCUAUACUACAUGUAUUAUGCAUGCAUAUAUAUUUACUAUAUACACAAAACACAUGCAGGGUUCGCGAAGAUUCUCCUGGGCAGGUUUGUUAAUAAAAAUAUGUCUUUUCUACUUACCCCAAGUAAUAAUUGUUCAAAGUGUUUAAAAUAACAGAAUUAUUAUUUGUAAGCAUGUAUUUUGUGUGUUUAUCAUAAGAGUUGCUACAUUUACCUAAAUUCAUUUUCUUAGUGAAGCCCCUUGAAGGGUUAUUUGACAUUUGUUUAUUUUGAAAUAAAUUAUCAAUGUAAUGAUGUGUUCUGUUUAGAGUCCCUUUUACCUUGUAUUCCAUGAUGACUGUAGUCGGGCGAAGAUCUUGUAGUUUUCAGCAUGUGUCAACUACUGUCAAUCAAAUUCCAAAUGAUACAAAUACAAUAGAAGAUUCUUCCUGUUUGUACGACCCUUAAAUUUCUCGAAGCACAUAAUUACAUUAAUUAGGUUGGUGAAAGGGAUCUCUCUGUACUUCAACUGUCACAAUCAAUGUUAUUUCUUAUUUCUUAACAAUACAAUGAGUAAAUCUGAAGGUAAACACAAAUGUGUUUUCAGCUGUAUUGUCUCUUUAAAUAAACCUUUUAACAAUUUCAAACCAUUUUUUAUAACAUCAUUCAUUCUGAUCAAUAAAUUAAUAACUGUCAAAGACCUAAUUUUUAAUUUUAUAUAGAAUUAAGAAAACAUGGGUCUGAUCUACUGUAGUAUUCAAAAUUCAGACUAAUAUACUAUGAAGCUAACACAAUUUUCUUAAGGCAAAGUGGGUUUAUAAAUGUUGUUGUAAAUAAAACAUACUACAUGUAUAUUACUAAAGACCCCUAUACAAAAAUAUUAUAAUGUUGUCUCAAACUGUAUGGAGUAUAAAAAGCAAUAAUACAUGUUCUAUAAAAUAUCUUUGAAAUUUAGGAAUAUUCUCGCAAACCUUACUCAACAGACCAUCCCAGCUUGCAGAUAGAGACUGGCAGGGGUCUGAUAUUGAUGAAAAAUCAUGUACGGUACUUUUUUUUCAAAAAGAUUAUUUGUGUCUCAAAAAACUUUUAUUAUACCCCCACAAACAAAGUUGAAGGGGUGCAUUAAAAUCACCCUGUCAGUCUCUCUGUAGACACAGUUUUGUCCCCAAUACAAACUUUUUAACUGCUGCAUGGAAUAGUGUUUUACAUACAUGUAUGUUAUACAUCAUAUGACGAUGUGCACCUGCAAUUUUUAAUAAAUGGGGAACCUUACAUCACACCCCAUGAUUUGACAUAUCUAUGUGAAACUAAUGAUUGAAUGAAAAAAUUGUGUGUUAAACUGUGUCAUUUCCAAUUAUGAAUUGAAUUAUGUUGAAUAAUCCUCAAUAUUAGUUAAUAGAUGCAAUUUUUUUUAUAACGACAGCAGUGUAGAAUAGUAUAUAGUAAUUGGGGAAGUGUAUGUGUAUUUUGGUAUUAGAAAUAUUGAAAAUAAGUGUUAUUUGUUGAUUCAAUCCUCAUUUAUAGAAUUCCUUUUACAUGUACAUUGUAAAUAUAUCUAUCUAUCUAUAUAUACAUACACAAGAAAGUGUAAACGGAGGAAAUAAAAUUCAUACACACUAGA